AUGGAAGUUGCAAACCGCACACAUAACAACAACCUGCCGCAUGAACAAAAUGGAAAUGGACAUCAUAAUCAACGACAUGAUAAUCAUCUGGCACCACCAUCGGAUACUCUAGAUCUGGAAAUUGGAUUUGAAAGCAAGCCCAAUAGAGCCCGCUCCAACUCAAAAGUAUAUCGUCAGACAUUACCACCACCUCCUCCACCUGCCAGUUCAUCAAAAUCAUCAAAAUCAUCUACAAAUGGUGGAGUGGUGCCACCUCCAUCAUCAACAACAACAGCAAAUUCAUCAUCAGCAGCUAGAAAUUCUAUAGAUCGUGCACCAUCUGCAAAUUCAUUAUCGUCAUCUUCAUCCUCAUCACCUGUGCCAUCAUCUUCAUCCAUACCGUUACUGAAAAGAUCUUAUUCAAGAGAACAAUACACUUCUAUUCUUCGAUUAUCAUCAUUGAAUGGAACAUUUGAUAGAAAGACAUUGAACAUCCCAACAUUCCCUGAUAUAUUACAACUUGGACGUCCAAAUAGUUCACAAAAGGCACCUAGUAUAGAUAAUGGAUACUUUGACUCCAAAGUUAUUUCAAGAAAUCAAGCUGCAUUAUUCAUUAAAGAUGAUCAAAUAUUUAUUAAAGAUUCAAAUUCUUCAAAUGGUACUUUCGUUAAUAAUGUUAAAAUUGCCAAAGAAACUGCUAUAAAGGAAAAUGAUGUGAUUGAUUUAGGUAUUGAUAUUGAUGCAAAUCAAAUGAAACAACAACACCAUAGAAAAAUUAGUUGUAAAGUUGAAAAAAUAUUCACUAUACCUUUAACCAAUAAUAAUAACAUAGAAUCAAUACUGUAUGACUUGAAUCACAGUGAUCAAAUACAGGCUGAGGAAAGCAAGGAAGUUUCACCAUUUGAUGCCGCCUUUUUCGGUGAUGUUACAACAGAUUUAGAUGAUUUAGCUAUGGGGAUGAAUCAUGAUUUUCUUUCAGGUAUUUUCGUCAACAAUAAUAUUGGAACAAGUUCAAACUUAACAAUUUCUGUUAAGAUUCUUAUGGAUUUGAUUCAUCAAGAAAAAAUGUCAAAUUUAAAACUUCAAUCAAUUGAACGUUUCUUGGAAAAUUAUAAAAUUGAAUUAAGUCGAGGUGAACAAACUGCUAAGAUAAGACAAAUGAAAAGAGAUUUAGAUGAAAAUAAAAGAUUUGCUGAAAGAACAGCUUUUCAAAUGAAAGAACUUGAAGAACAAUAUGAAGAUUUAAGUAAUAGAUUAAGAGAGGAUAAACAAAUAAUUUAUGAUAAAUCAAAUAGAAUAAAAGAAUUAGAGAAUGAAAAUAUAAAUCAUAAAAAAUCUAUCGCUAGAGAUUUAGAAACCAAAAUUGAUGAACAUGAACGUUUGUUAAAUGAUAAGCAGAAAGAAAUUGAUGAAUUAAAAUCAAAUAAACAAACUUUACAAUCAAAUUAUGAAUCAAAUUUGAAAACUCUUGAAGAGAAAAUUUCCACAAAUAAUGACAAUUAUUCCAUUUUAGAAAAGAAGUAUGAGAAGCUGUUAGAAUCUAGAGAUUUAGUGCAGACUAAAUCAGAUUUAAUCAAUAUGAUUUUCAUAUCUUUGGCCAUUGUUAUUAUGGGUCUACUAAUACUAAAUGUGUUUUGA